AUGAAUGGCUACGAGACACUGCUGCACUUUCUUAACAAGAAGAUAACCAUCCUAGUAAAGUGUAAUGGUGAGAUGGAAAGGGUUUCAGGAAAACUGCAAGGAUUUGAUGAGCAUAUGAAUGUCUUGCUAUGCAGUAAAAGCAGCACAGUGUUGUAUUUAACAAAGCACAUCAUAGAAUACAUUCUACCAAGAGAGAAUCAUUCAUAA